AAGGGCCUUAAGGUCACAUGUGAGCUGCGUGUGAAGAAUCGUGUGGCCACCGUGCGUGUUACGCCGUCUGUUGCUUCUCGUUUGAUCCGCGCCUUGAAGGAGCCGCCGCGUGAUCGCAAGAAGGUGAAGAACAUCAAGCACAACGGCAACAUCCCCUUCACGGAGAUCCUGAAGAUUGCAAAGGAGGCGGCACCCAAUUCCAUGGGCGCCACCAUGAAGGCUGUCGUGAUGGAGGUGCUUGGCACGGCGGUGUCCGUCGGCUGCACCAUCGACGGCGAGAGCCCGCAGGCGAUUCAGGGCAAGGUCCGUGAUGGCAAACUGAAGAUUCCGAACUAA